AUGUCUGUGAGAACUCUGCCCCUGGUUUUCAUUAAUCUUGGUGGAGAGAUGCUUUACAUACUGGACCAACGCCUGCGAGCUCACAACACGUCUGAGGACAAUUCAGAGAAAGGGGUGUGGUCAGGGAAUGACAGAAAAAGAGUUCUGAACGACAUCGUUGGGACCAUGUUCAGUAAACCCUUUAUGGACGAACUCCUCAAACCUCAGCAGCUGUAUUCUCACAGGACCCUGAAAACCGUGCUAACUCGAUUAGCGCACGCCUCCAUCAUGAGGCUGAACCCGGCCAGCAUGGACAGGCUUUACGAGCUGAUGAUCAUGGCGUUCAAAUAUCAGGUCUUUCUUUGCCCACGGCCAAAAGAUUUGCUGCUCAUCUCUUACAAUCACAUAGAUGCCAUCAGGGAACUUGUAAAAGACACUCCCGCAGUCGUGAACCAAGUGGACGAGACGCAUAGGAAGAUCAUCGAGGUUUACUCAUCUUUAUCAGAAGGCGAAAUCCAGCUGCUCAGACAAACGCUGCUCAUAUUUUUUCAAGACAUGCAUGUUCGCGUGUCACUUUUCCUCAAAAGUCAAGUUCAGAAUCCCAACGGACGCUUUGCCCUGUCGACUUCAGGCCCAGUGCCUCAUGGGAUUGAUGUUCCAGGACUUAUUAGGACGUUUAACAGUAAGGGCAGAGAAGUGAGACGAAGUGAGUUUCCCACAGGGGGAAGUUACACCAGCCCCAUCAGGGAGGGAUCCUUUGAGCUGCAUGGAGACAGAGUCAUCAGACUGGGCAUGAACAUGUACACUGUGAACCAUCCAGAGGAGACACACACAUCUAACCCUUCCUGUAACGCCUCCACCAUGGUGCAGACAGAUGACGCUCCCAACCUGCUGGCCAAAGAGGAGCUCAACCUGUUGGCUCGUCUGAUGGGCAGCGUGAAGGCCGAGAACGAGCCCGGAGUGGAAACCGGCUUUCGGAUCAGCCUGUUUACCACCGACCAGGAGGAGGAGGAGGCGGAAGCUUCAGGUGGAGCUGAGGAGUCCUUGUGCGGAGUGAUAAACAUUCAAGCGAUGCAGGAUGAACAGGCUGCUACUGAGCUGGCUCGAAUCGCCGGACAGUUUGCAGAACGAGAAGAGGAGUCUGAAAACCCGAAAAGCAGCAAAGGAGACGACCUGCUGGCCAUGAUGGACGACCUUUGACCCUGUUGUGUAGUUUCAAUGAGUUUA